AUGGUCAGCCUGAAUGGUGCCAGAAGGGAGGGGUGUGUCCAAGAGCUGUUCCACGAGGAAGCACAGCAGGUAUCUCAAACGCAGACCAGGCCCUGGUGGAAGAUCCAGCUGUUUGUGUGGGAACCGGUGCUUUUUGGAACAUGGGAUGGCGUCUUCACCUCCUGCAUGAUCAACAUUUUUGGAGUGGUUCUUUUCCUGAGGACGGGAUGGCUCGUGGGAAACACUGGCAUUGUAGUGGGCAUGUUUCUGGUGUCCUUUGUUGUCCUGGUUGCCCUGGUGACAGUCUUAUCUGGAAUUGGGGUGUGUGAGAAGUGCAGCAUUGGAAGUGGAGGAGUCUACUCCAUGAUUUCUACUGUCCUUGGAGGUCAAGUAGGGGGGACCAUUGGCCUCCUUUAUAUUUUUGGCCAGUGCGUUGCAGGUGCCAUGUACAUCACUGGCUUUGCGGAGUCCAUCGCAGAUGUCCUGAGCCUCAGCAACAUCUGGGCAGUGCGCGGCAUCUCCCUGGCUGUCCUGCUGGGCCUGCUGGGGAUCAACCUGGCCGGGGUGAAAUGGAUCAUCAGGCUCCAGCUCCUGCUGCUCUUCCUACUGGCCGUCUCGACGCUGGACUUUGUCAUUGGGUCCUUUACACACCUUGAUCCAGAGCACGGCUUCGUUGGCUACUCUGAAGAGCUUAUGUUCAACAACACGCUGCCGGACUACAGCCAGGGGGAGUCCUUCUUCACUGUUUUUGGAGUGUUUUUUCCAGCUGCCACAGGUGUGAUGGUUGGGUUCAAUAUGAGCGGAGAUCUCCGGAAGCCAGCUACCAACAUCCCCCUGGGGUCUCUGGCUGCUAUUGGCACCUCGUAA